ACUUUCCGCCCGCUGGUCCAUCGGCCCGUGUCCGGCCCGCGCUGCCGCCGCCUGGGAGCCGAGGCGGGCGGGUGGGGCGGCCGGGACCGGACGGGGCGGGAGCGGCCGGGCCCCGAGCAUAUGUGGCCGCCCGGGACGGACGCCGGAGUCGCUGGGGCCGUGCAGCCGGGAAGCGGGGCGUCGACGGCUGCCUAGGGAGCUACCUGUCCAGAGCAGUAUGGACGCCCCCAAAAGGGACAUGGAGUUGCUCAGCAACAGCCUGGCGGCCUACGCACACAUCCGCGCCAACCCCGAAAGCUUUGGCCUCUACUUCGUGCUGGGCAUCUGUUUCGGCCUGCUGCUGACCCUGUGCCUCCUAGUCAUCAGCAUUUCCUGCUCGCCUCGCCCGCGGCCCCGGGGCCCCGCUCCUCGCCGCGACCCCCGCAGCAGCACCCUGGAGCCCGAGGACGACGACGACGACGAGGAAGACACGGUGACGCGGCUGGGCCCCGACGACACGCUGCCGGGACCCGAGCUGUCCCCGGAGCCCGACGGGCCCCUCGGCGUCAACGUCUUCACGUCGGCGGAGGAGCUGGAGCGCGCGCAGCGGCUGGAGGAGCGCGAGCGGAUCCUGCGGGAGAUCUGGCGCACAGGCCAGCCGGACCUGCUGGGCACUGGCACGCUGGGGCCCAGCCCGUCGGCCGCGGGCACCAUGGGCCGCAUGCACUAUUACUGACCGCCCCGGCUCCCGAGACAGCGCCUUCUGGGUUCAGGACCUGCUGGUGAGCCUGGAGCUGUCCCUGACCUCCGGACUGCCCCCACCCAGGGUGCAAUGGAAGCCCCGCUUGCACGGCUCCCAUGGUGCUAUUGGGCAAGGACCCCCACCUCCUGGGAGGCGGCCUUCCCAGUCCUGCAGAAGUCUGUAGGGGAAGGGUAGGAUGUGGGGUUCCCAGGUCCCCACCCCCUCUAGGGGACAGUGAAGAGGUGACAUGACCAAUGAAAGUUGCGUUCUCAGUGA